CCAUUUACGGUCCAUGCCGGUUCACUUCCACAUGGCGAGAAGCGCAUACAGGACUUUGGAGUAAUAGUAUUUAUGAACUAACUCGGUUUGCAUAUGAGGCUGAAUAACACUAGGCGGUUUGUCUUCACCGGUGACUCGCUCGUUAAUUGUAUAUUAUGGGUAAAAGCAAGAACAAAAAAUUUAAGCGUCCUCAAUUUUCGGCUGACGGGCUGCCAGUAACUGUUGUAAAGGAAACUGAAGAUGAAUGUGUUGAUUCUCCAGCCGGUGAGAUGCUCGAAAAACUGCAGAGCCCCAGUGCAGAUGUGCGGGAGUAUGCCUGUGCCAGCAUCUCGCAGAUGGUGCAGCUAAGGCAGGUAAUCCCGGCCUUCCUGCAGCGGGACGCCAUACGGUGCCUGGGGCCCCUACUGCUGGACCGCAGCCUGGCUGUGAGGGAGACUGCAGCCGGGGCUCUCAGGAAUCUCAGCGCCUGUGGAGGCUUUGAGGUGUGUGACGACAUGGUGAAGCAGGACGUGCUAACGCCACUUGCGGCUCUGCUGAGAGAGUGUCACGGGGGCUUCGACUCGCCUGCCCCAGCUGAACCGCGCACAGAGCUGCGGCACUCCGUCGAGGACGUGGCCAACGAAGCCGUGCACUUGUUGUGGAAUCUCUGUGAGAGCAGCAGUCGGGCCAUGUCUGUGUUCAACAAAUCCGGGCUGCUGGACGUGCUGCUACAGUGUCUGGCUCGACACCCACACAACGUGGAGCUGGCUCUGUCUGCCGCUCACUGCCUGCAAACUGUGACGGAGGAGAAUUCGGACCUUCUGGGUGCCCUGAACUUUUCAGUCCUGCAGGGGCUGGAGUCCGUGCUGCUGUCGCCCCAGACGGACAUGGCCCAUGUUCUCCUACGCACCCUCGUCGCUGGCACCAUGUGGAACCUGAAGAGCAGCAUGCCCUCUGAGUGGCAGGCCCACGCGCUAGGCGCCAUCGUGGAAACCCUUGGCGGUGCCCUGGAGCUGGACUCCGGGACGCUGAUCCCAGAGCUGCGGGAGGCUGAAGAGGCCCGGCGCAGAGCUGCUGUCGAGGGGGGAGCCGCUGCAGACGACAGGGAUGGGACCGAAGACAUGGAGGAGGAGGGAAAUGAGGAGGCGGAGGGAGACUGCAAAGCCCGGAAGGGGAGAAGCAGCUGCAAGAGGGACGAUGACUUCUCUGACCUGCAGCCUCUGAAAGAGGUGGAACUGAGGGAGGCCAGUGCCUUGCUGACGGCUCAGCAAACCUCGCUGGAGAUAAUCGUCAACAUGUGCUGCUCGGACGACCCCUCCGAUGAUGAAUGGGAAGAAACCUCGAGCAGUGACGAGAGCGAGAUCUGCCCUGACGGCAUCGCCGAUGGCAACUCCAGCCUGCUGUCCCCCCUCUGCCUGUCUGCCGAGGUCCACAGUGCGCUGGUCAACUUCAGGAUCCCUGAGAAGGUUCUCAGGAAGACUGAGUUCCCCAGCAGUGUUGCCAUGGAGGUCUGUGGUACGACUCCAGCCUGGAAGAGCCUGACGAAAAAUUUCCCAUGUUUUCAGGAGGAUGUUAUUGGCCUGCUUCAGUGGAGUGCCCUUUUUCCCAGAAUGCAGCGGGUGCAGUGCCGGGCGCUCACCUGCCUCCACAACAUCCUGUCUACCAUGGACAUGGAGGCCCUGGGCGGAGCCUCGGGCCUGCGGGCGCUCGCAGACCACCUGUCCAAGCUGGUUUUCAGCACUCCGGAGAUCCCGACGAAGGAGGAAUUCCUGGAAGCGGUCAUCAGCGCUUUGCGAUCACUGCUGCAGAUGAUGGCGUCCAAGAACAUACCCCAGUGUGUCAGCCCCCAGCAGCUGAUGAGUCUGAGCGAGGCAGCGUCACACUGUGACACAGUCAGCGUCCGAGUCAAUGCAAUGGCCAUCCUGGGAAUCACCGGCAGCAUGCUGGCCAGAGAGGCAGAUUCGGCGGACAGUCUGCAGCUUAUUGGAAACGCUCUGCUCGAAGUGGCGUCGAAGGACCCUAACAUGAUGGUGUGUGGGGAGGCCCUGGACGCCCUCUUUGACGUGUUUGCGGAUGGAAAGGAGGCAGAGAGAGCUGCACGUAACAUCGGCCUGCUGCCUGCGUUAAAGAGCUUGCAGCCAGUGUUCAAGGCCAAGCUGCGCAAGGAGGGCAAAGGAAAAUACAGCCCUGACCAGCUGUGUGUGUUAGACAACAUCAAGGUCAACCUGCGGAGAUUCAUCGGCUACCUGGGGACGCUGGAGAGAAGCUGCACUGCCUAGGAGCGUAGCCGGAGCCGGAGGGGGGGGAUGAGUUACCCCACUUUUCACAAAAAGGGUUAACGGAGGAAAAACUCGUUAAAAAGGCUUGCUGAAAGCUUUGAGGGGGGACGGGACGUUUUUUUGUGUUACCCUUUAUUUUUUAUCCAGUAACUAUUUGAAUAAGUGGUAAGAAAUGUUGAAUACUCAGAGGAAUUGUUGCAAUAAAUUUACAGGGGAAUACUUCUCAAUGCAAUAAAGUGUUUAAGUUAUUGCCAUUAAUUCAUUAUUUACCAUUAUUUUAGUUAGAGUUUUGUGGUUUUGUGAACAGAAUGUGCGUGUGGAAUAAAACGUGGCGUGGAAUAAAACUGUGACCUCAGCAGUGUCAGUUUAUGGAAAGUGUGGAUUUUACCAUCAGGUAUUUUCUCUCUCCUCCUGAUGUUGCUUCUCGUGUGGUUUAAACUGCCAGCUGAUAACGUCAGAGAUUAAAAUUUAAUGACUGAGAGUAAAGCAAACCGCUCUUACUCUAUUUUAAUAUGCAUGGAUUAUUCUCAAAAACUGACGUGUGCUGUAUUAAAAAACAAAACAGUAUUCUGCAACCAA